CUCAGGAGUACCUUUUUCAGUGUGGCAGGCAGCAGGCAGCUAACCACCGCAAGUAGUACGUCAACGCAUCGCCGCACGGAACGUCCUGUCUGUCUCCAUCUAUUGUGGUUUUUAACACUACCCGGUAAUUAGUCAUCACGUUAAACCUCCGUUUUAUACUCUUUCGAGCCGCAUGGAGUCUCCCUUUAAAUUCUCGAGGAGGUGUUUUUCGGGCAGCGAAAUGUCCAGCUAAUGUUAGCUCGCCGCCGCAAGCCACGGUGUGGACGAGAGAGCGGAGAAGCUCAGAGCUACUGGCCGCUCUGCCGACGGGACGUAACGGCUUGUAAUAACCCAAACAAUGGGCCUCAUAUUCGCGAAACUGUGGAGCUUCUUUUGUAACCAAGAGCACAAGGUGAUCAUUGUGGGACUGGACAAUGCAGGGAAAACCACCAUCCUCUACCAGUUUUUGAUGAACGAGGUGGUCCACACAUCGCCCACCAUCGGCAGCAACGUGGAGGAGAUCGUGGUGAAGAACACCCACUUCCUGAUGUGGGACAUAGGAGGACAGGAGUCCCUCCGGUCCUCCUGGAACACCUACUACUCCAACACAGAGUUCAUCAUCCUGGUGGUGGACAGCACGGACCGAGAGAGGCUGGCCAUCUCCAAAGAGGAGCUCUACAGGAUGCUGGCCCACGAGGACCUGCGGAAAGCAGCUGUGUUGAUAUUUGCCAACAAGCAGGAUAUGAAGGACUGCAUGUCUGCGGCAGAUAUAUCCAAAUACCUCACCCUAAGCUCCAUCAAAGACCACCCCUGGCACAUACAGUCCUGCUGCGCUCUUACAGGAGAGGGUUUGUGCCAAGGCCUGGAGUGGAUGACCUCCAGAGCUGGACUCAGAUAGCCUCGUCUCAGCCAUCGACGGCCCAACUGCCUGCAUCACCACCUUUCGUGGCUCAGCAUCAUGUCCUUACUUUUUCUCCUUUAUAAAACUGAAGAGACUGAAACGACCUCUGGUACAACAACACAAAAACAUCUAAAGCAGUGACUUUAACUGGGGAGACGAUCCUUUCAUCAGCAAACUCUUGUUGUACUCGCCAUCACAUACCAUGAUGCAUUACUCCAGUCAGUGCUGGUCUGUUCAGGACAAAGGGAUCGCAGUGUUGUUACAGAGGCUGUCAUAACGACACACUUGGUUUUUUUUUUUUACUUCAUAAGCUACAAUAUUGAUGUUUCUCGGGUUUCCUUCAGGAGUUCUUGUUACUUUGUAAAUGUCAAGUACAGAAUAGUUUUUCAGCCAUGCCGAUGCCAAAUCAUGUUUUGGUGAAAAACUGUUUUACAGUAUUUUAAACAUCAUGGAUUUAGUUCUGAAAUGUCUGGUGCAGACAUCUGUUAGCGAUUGGUUAGGUCUUGCUCCCAGCAGAUAGGUGCCAUUUGUCCAUAGAAAGAUGUUACUCAUGAACACUUAAAACCUCGGCCUUAACGGAGCUGCUAUAGGAACUGGACAGUCGGCCUGAUUUAUCUUUUAGGAAUUCCUUGAUCUAUGCACGCGUCACUUUGGAUCCCAGUCAAGUGGCCAUACGGGUGGAGGGUGACUCAGAGGGUCUCGUACAGAAAUGAGCAUGGCACUAGGCAGCCGCCAGGUCUGCAGCAACGUUUACGGCUUGAGCCCACAAAGGAAACGGAUUAUACUGUGGUGACAUCAUGUACUGCAUCUGUUAUUAAAUGUCUGUUUUUGA